UCUCCAAACAGCUACGACCUCUUGCGAGCCGGCCUCAAAAGGCGGAAGACGAAAGGCGGAAGCUUCCAGAUUAUGUAAGCACCAGGCUGCUGAAGGUCCGCGUCAGACCUGCAAUAGCUCCAUUAACGCAACUAUCUCAUUUACGCAGAACAUCGUCUUCAUUGCCCGCCCGCAACUCCGCGUCCUGCUUCUCCCGAAAGGAACAUCUAUCUUGUAUUCAUCGUUGGAACUCUAUCUCGCCGAACGCUAUCGAAGGACACGAUGUCGUUAAUGGGUCAUCAACCUCACAACGGAGCGAUUGGAUACUCCUUCUCUCAACCCCAUACAGCCGCCGCAGGCAACAAGCAGCAUUCGUUUUACCCAUACACGGAUAAUGGUGGUUCCACUCUAGGCAUCACAGGCGCCGAUUUCGCCAUCCUCGCCGGUGACACUCGUUCGGUUGCAGGGUACAACAUCAACUCUCGCUACGUCCCCAAGGUUUUCAAGAUUGGUGGUGACGAUGAGACCGGCGAUGGUGCCCACAUCAUCCUCUCAGUUGUGGGAUUCGCUGCAGACGGUCAAGCUCUCAAAGAACGGCUGGAUGCAGUAGUAAAGAUGUAUAAGUACCAACAUGGAAAGCCCAUGUCUGUCGGGGCAUGUGCUCAGCGCUUGUCGACCAUUCUUUACCAGAAACGAUUCUUCCCCUACUACGUGACUGCUAUUCUAGCCGGCCUUGACGAGGAGGGCAAAGGUGCCUUAUACAGCUACGAUCCCGUCGGUUCCUACGAACGAGAACAAUGCAGGGCGGCAGGCUCAGCGGCGAGCUUGAUCAUGCCCUUCUUGGAUAACCAGGUCAACUUCAAGAACCAGUACAUCCCUGGGAGUGGAGAGGGACAUGCUCUCGAAGCAAGGAAGCCGGAGCCGCUACCGAGAGCAACGGCCGAACAACUGGUGCAAGAUGCAUUCACCAGCGCGGUGGAGAGACAUAUCGAGGUUGGAGAUGGCCUACAAACGAUGAUCAUCACAAGUCACGGCAUAGAGGAGGUUUACACGCCAUUGAAGAAGGACUAGGGGGGCUUUCUUUAGACCUAAUAAUGUCCUGUCUCCGUUUCUUUCUUCACGUCCUGUUUGUUCCCCGGUAGUCGUUCAAGAAACAAUUCCAUCAAUGAGUUCGAUCUGUCCACUCGUCUUCAGUAUCAUGUGAAAAUGUCCUAUCUGGCGAGCUUGGCCUAUUGUAGCCGAUUAAUGUCACUGUAUACAUAUAGCAACACUAGUAGCGUAUCGCAUCACCGUCCUGUGUCAGCGGUGAACAAGAGAGUACCUGCACAAGCAUGGAAUCGUAAUGCAUGUCACAGAGUUAGAAAUGAGGGCCGGAUCUUUUGCCGCCGCAGUCCCAGAGUCGCAUUGAUUAGUUUGGCUGUCUGCGCACUCGA